UCCAAUUACCCGCAGUGCGAACCGGUCAGCAACAACAAUGCCUUUUACUCACCCUCUUUCCCACGCAAACAAAAACAAAGGAAAAACAAGCUUUCAAAAACCGCCAUUUCUCUCAUAAAUUUGUUUUAUUCCUUUCGUUUACCAAAAGAUUUAAAUAAAAAAGGAGAAAUUUAUAGGAAGGAAAGGUGCGUACUGCGCACUUUUCCUAAUUUCUUUGAUUUUGAAUUUUUCUUUUAUCCUUUGAUUGAAGAUUUCUAUGUUUUUUGGGCUCGCUAUGUCGAUGAAUUCGAGGAUUUUCUUCCGUUGUCUUGUUUGGUGGAUCUUCUUCAGCUGCUUUUCAGGAUUGAUUUCAUCGGCAGUAGUUAGAUUGGAUUCAAUUGAAAUAUACAACACGCACGAGUGGAUAACAGAACCGACGGUUUAUUUCGUCUGCAAAGGAGAGAACAUGACGGUUUUGCCAGAUGUCACCAAAGCAGAUACUGUCUAUACUUUCAAGGGUGAAGAAUCUUGGCAGCCUCUUACAGAACUCAAAAGCAAGAAAUGCAAGCGGUGUGGAUUCUACGAGAAGGACACAUUUAAAUCAGAUGAUGUAUUUGAUGAGUGGGAGUUCUGUGCUUCAGACUUCAAAGCUAAUGGGAAAUAUAUAUUGUUUAAAGAAAAGGAACUUAAUGUCACAUUCAACUGUGAAGAAUGCACAUCUCUUCCAGCUGGUACUUUCAAUACAGAUACGAAUAAUGAUAAUAAGGGGAAUAAAUUGCGUGUUGCUAUAAUUGUACUGAUUGUUCUAGUGGCUUCAACUGUAACAAUAUUUGGACUGAUGAUGGCUUAUAAAUACUGGCAAAAGAGGAAGAGGCAACAAGAUCAGGCUCGGUUCUUAAAACUGUUUGAAGAAGGGGAUGACCUCGAGGAUGAACUAGAGCUUGGUAAUUGAAUAUGAUUAAACAACUCGGUUACCUCCUGUACAGUAAGCUUACCUUGCCUAAAAUUUUGCUCUGUGGAGAAAUAUAUAUAUAUAUAUAUAUAUAUAUAUUCUACAGCUGUGUGUUCUAAGGUGGCUUCAGAUAUGAUGUAUAGUUGAGCUUUGUGGUCCUGUUGGCACAUCUAUUUGUUAAGAUCUACAUGGUUGCUUUUUGUUGUUGACUAGCAAAUAAAGGGAAUAAAAAGCUUGAGCAUUUUAUACAAA